AUGUGUCCUAAGAAAGUGAAGUAUAUUGAUCUGAAGGAGAUGAGAGAGGCACUGAUAUAUCUACUUCAGAAGAUUCGUCAGAAGUUGAAGUUGCAACAAAAUCAGGUAAUUUCUUCAGUCACGGGUCGAGUCCCAUGUGGAAAUCGAAAAUAUGCAGGUUUAGAAAUAACUGAUGAUGAGGACAUUGACAUUUUUCUUGGAACAUUUGUCCAAAACUCUACUACGUCUCAAUUUGUUGAGUUAUAUGUCGAUAUUGAGACAUCAGACGACAUGUCAAUACCGACACGUGGGUUGGACCUUAACAGUCAGACACAAAUGUCGUCAUCAUCGGAACCCCAGCCCACACAAUCAACUAUUGCAAGUGAAGAUGAAAGCGACUAUAUGGUAGAUGUUGAACCUGACAAUGAAGAGGAGGAGGAAGAUGAAGACACUCUACUGGAAAAUGACCAUGAUCAGAAUGAUAGUGAUGGAGGUGAUGAUGAACAUCACGAUAAUCCCAUAACACAGGAGACUGUUAUCCCUACGUCCAAUAAUGCGGUUAUUUCACCAUCAUCAAAUAUGACACCAUUUUGGGAUGACAUCCCACACUAUGAGGCUGUUAAUUUUGAUUAUCCGAACGAAGACAUAUUGGAUGUCGAAGGCUUAGGUCGUGGUCCGUGGACAAGAGGAGACGAAAUGUAUGUGAAACAAGAGUUCCGGUCAAAGAGCGAUGUUCAAGUUGCUAUAAAACAUUUCUGCAUGAAUGAGCAUCGAGAAGGUGUAGUGGUUGAAAGUACUACCACGAAGUUGUCUAUGAAAUGCCAUAAGCAUGAAGAAGGCUGCAAUUGGCGAGUAAGGGCAAUUAAACCGAAGAAUAGCAACAGUUGGGUAGUCAUUAAAUGGGUUGGAAAACAUUCUUGUGUCAGCACAUCUCAAAUAUCGUUUCCCACAUAA